GAUCACAUCCAAGAGAGGGCGGCCACGUACCCACCAACCCCUCGCACACUUGGCCUCAUCACACUAUAUGAUGGUAACCUCGUUCUGUGAUCGAGAGUUCAGAUUCUGCGCCACCGCCUUCAGCCACUACACCCACCACUUGCUCACCCCGCCGACUUGUUCCGUCGCUCUCCACCGCUAAAUACCCAUCCAGUUGUUGCUGAAGAGAGCAAAUGGCGAGAAAUUGAGAGUGCAGAAUACAAGCAAUGGAUUCCGCUAAUAACGUUGUCGCGCCAUUUGUUAUGAAGACAUAUCAGAUGGUGAAUGAUCCAACGACGAAUGGAAUUGUUACAUGGGGAAGAGGAAACAAUAGUUUUCUUGUUCUGGAUCCUAUAGAUUUUUCGCAGAGCAUCUUACCGGGUUACUUCAAGCACAACAAUUUCUCAAGCUUUAUUCGCCAGCUCAAUACCUAUAAAUUUAGGGUUUUAAAGCUUCAGAGUGGAUGACACAUGUUGAUAUCGGGAUUCAAGUUUUCAGUCAUCCAUAUGAAGAAUUGUUCACGAAUUGGUUUUUCACUUUUUACUGGUUUCAAAAAGGUAGAUCCAGAUAGGUGGGAGUUCGCAAAUGAAUGGUUUCUUCGAGGACAGACUCAUUUGUUGAAGAAUAUAUCGAGGAGAAAGAAUGCUAAUAAACAAUACGUUUCGCAUCAUAAACACAAAGAAAAUGAAGAUGAGGAGCUAUUUAUGGAAAUUGAAAAGUUAAAGCAAGAACAGAAGACCUUAGAACAAAAGCUUCAAAGCAUGAAUAAGAGGCUAGAAGCAACAGAGAGGAGACCCCAACAAAUGUUGACUUUUUUGUACAAAGUUGUCCAGGACCCAGAGAGUUUACCUUGCAUGAAUCUUGAAAAGGAAAAUUUGAAAAGAUUGGAUUGUAAUAACAUUGAAAAGAAAAGAAAGCUCAUUACAAAUUCAGCUACUUCAUCACAUUCUUUAUCAGGAACGGAUUUGUCGAGCUUUUCUGUCAAGACUGAGUACGAAAAAGAAGGUGCUGCACAAGAAGAAAUAUCAAAAAUGCUCUCCCCUGAUGCAAACUUGGACAUCGACAAGGGUUACAAGUCUUCUUCAUCGCUGGAGGCAUCAUCCCCCGAGUGGUUGCGACAAACAUCGAUUAUUGACAUGCCUGUUAUCAAGCAAGAACCUGAGAAUUGUGUCACGAUUUCUAGUUCUUCGACAAUAGGUUUGUCUGGCGGAAGUGGCGGAUCGAUAGUUCCACCACCAGUUAAUGGUAUUGCUUGGUAUAAUAAAAGGGGUGAAAUGAACUCAAGUUACCCUGAAGGGGUUGUGGAUAGGGAAGAUGCCAGUCAGACUCCGCCAUAUCCAUUCUCUCUGUUUGGUGGUGGUUUUUAGAGUUAAUAGUUAUUCUAUUUUCCCUUUUUCGUGUAAUGAAAGUUCCUUGUGUAUGUAUUUUACAUGUACUUAGACAUUUCGUAUGUAUUUUUUUCAUAUGUAUGCUGUAAAUACUUGUCAUAAUUACCUUGUGCAAUUUCAAUAUAAAUAAGUUUUAGUUAGACCGUUA